CAUAACACGGAAGCAGUACACAGACAGUAGGGGGGCAGGAAAAACACGGACAGGCAGGCAGGUUAAGCCAAGUAAAAAUACGGACACAUAGAGACAUUAGGGAGGUGAAAACAAGCGCAGGCAGGUAGACGGACAAACAGAUACAGGUGCAAAGCGAGCAUCAUGGCGCUGAUCCCCUCGCAGGUUCUCCGGGUCGCCAUCCUGCUGUCUUAUUUCUCCAUCCUGUGCCACUACAAAGCCUUAGACAUGCCGGCACACCAGACCUACGGAGGCAGCUGGAAGUUUCUCACCUUCAUCGACCUGGUGAUCCAGGCGGUGUUUUUCGGAUUGUGUGUCCUGAUCGAUGUGUCCAGUCUGCUGACUAAGGGAGGCGACAGCAGGGAGCAGGAGCGGCAGCUGAGAAAGCUGAUUGGCCUGCGAGACUGGAUGAUGGCCGUCCUGGCCUUCCCUGUCGGAGCGUUUGUGGUGUUUACUUUCUGGAGCCUCUACCUGUAUGACAGAGAACUGGUCUACCCCAAAUUACUGGACAACUUCAUUCCUCAGUGGCUCAACCACGGCAUGCACACCACUGUUCUUCCCUUCAUCAUCAUCGAGAUGCGGACCACCCACCAUCGGUAUCCCAGCAGGUUGUGGGGUCUGGUGGCGGUGUGCUGCUUCGGUGUGGGAUAUAUCCUCUGGACAUGUUGGGUGCACCAGGUGACGGGCGUGUGGGUGUACCCGGUGCUGGAGCGCAUCGCACCCGUAGCUCGAGUCGCCUUCUUCAGUGCAAUGAUGGCAGUAAUUGGUGUCUUCUAUGUCCUCGGAGAAAUCCUCAACAGCUACAUCUGGGAGAAACCACACACAGAAAAGGUCAAAGGUGAGUGAUCUUCAGAAUCGUUUCAGAGGACUUCUCCUGCCCCGCGCUCCCAGGACAGCACCAGAACACAAACAAGCGACUUCUCUGGACGUGGAAAAGACGUGUACUUUUUGAACUCUAUCAUAACAUUACGCAGUAAAAAGAAGAAGACAGAUGCAUCAUCGAUUAAAUGUAAAUAAGGAAGAAAAAAAGGUAAUGAAUGAGAGCUCAUCUUUUUGUUUGCUUUCUUUCGUUUCCUCAGAAGCGAAAGCUAAGCAUCCAUCCUGCAGAUCGAGGACAAAACAUGGACGAAAUAUGCACAUACAUACAUCUUCAUAAAACAUAGGACAUAAACUCUGACAUACGGUAAACACAUGUAUGUAACACAUGUAUGCAGGGAAAGGAAACACAUUAAUGGGACUUGUUUUUCUGGAAUGAGCACAUUCAAGUGAACAAAUUUCUUUAUUAGCUUCUUCAUAAUGAUUGAAAACCAGUGCUGUGUUGAAGAUUAUUAUUAUUAUUAUUAGUACUAUUCAUCCUGCGCUCUCACUACAUGUGUGAAAGAAACUAGAGGUCGGUAAAUUAUCAAUAAAGUCUGAUUUAAAAAUA